CCGAAGUCACGUGAUUACACACGCUUUAAGUUUACUUCCGCCUAAAUCGUCGACAUUUUGUUUUGAUAAAAAACGUCAUUCAAUAAAGAAUGGUUUCAAAUGUGAAUAAAGCCAAUCUUGUUCAGGUUUAGGAAACCAGACCACAAUCAACAAACAUGGCAGUGGUACAUUACAAAUUCAAGAACAGUGUGGAGUAUGACUCUGUCACCUUCGAUGGACUGGCCAUUUCUCUCCGUGACCUCAAGCAGUCAAUUAUGAGGAAAAAGAACAUGAGACCAGAGGACAUAGAUCUUCAAGUUAUAAAUGCACAGAAUGGAGAAGAAUAUAGCUCACCGAGCAUCAUGAUUCCAAAGAACAGUUCACUCACAAUAUCCAGGAUUCCUGUGGGUGGUGGAUCAAGAAGGGCGCAAGAAAUAACUCCAACAUCUAAAAAAAUGAAAUGGGCUGCAUUCAGGAAGGAAACGCAGCAAGCCAUCCAGGAGGCAGAAAGUGGCUCUUACAACACAGACAAACUCAAACAGUCCUCGGAUCCGGCGAAUGCCACGUCAUCGGAGAUUGAGAAAAUAGCUCAAAUGAUGAAGCAGUCUACCAAAGACUUCGACCCAGCCAACUACAACUACAAGGUGCCUAAGGGGACGCCCAGUACUUCCUAUACCUGCUUCAAGUGCGGUAAAGGAGGCCACUACAUCCAGAACUGCCCCAACACUGAUGCUGAAGGGGCAUCCAACAGUCCCAGUGAGUUUGCCCAGAGAAUCAAGCGCCCCACAGGUAUCCCCAUGGAGCACAUGCUGGUCGUCAACGAGCCCCUGCCAGGAACCUACCAGACCCACACUGGGCAGUACACAGUGCCCAAAAUAGACGCGGAGGCGUAUGCUACAGGGAAGAAGGAGCGGCCGCCAUUCCUUCCAGAGCCCGCAGGGAAGAGGAUGGUUGUGAAACAGAAGCCCGUGCCCAAGGAGCUAAAGUGCCCGCUGUGUGGGGACAUGGCCCGGGAUGCUGUUGUCAUCCCCUGCUGUGGCAUCAGCUACUGUGAUGAAUGUAUCCGUAAUAAGCUGUUGGAGUCUGAUGACCACAUUUGCCCAUCAUGUGACAGCAUGAACGUGUCCCCGGACGGACUGAUAGCCAACCAGAUGUUGCGGCGGGCUGUGACAAACUUCCAGAAUGAGACGGGCUACACAAAGAUCGCACAGAAGACAGCGGCAAUCCAGGCGAAGGUAGAAGAAGCAGCAAAGGCAGCUGCUGCAGCGGCUCCCGUCCUGCAGAAACAGUCAGUGGUGCCUCGUGGGCCAAGUGUGAUGGAUUAUAAGCCGCCACCUCGACAACCAUCACCACCCAAACCAAAGGUGUCUGUGACGCCCAGCAAGCCUCCCAUGGAAAGUGGUUUACCAUCAGAACCCCCGACCCCGACCAUGGAUGAGCCUGUGAGGAGUGUUUCUGGAUACCAACCACCAUCCCAACCCCCUGCACAACAUCCCCCUACCCAGCAUCAGGGAGUUGCCGUGCCAACAUUGGUGGGGGGAACUCUGCAAAAUCGAAAUCUACAACCUGCAGUGCCGACAUCCACAUACGGCUAUUUUCCGCCAGCAGUGAACACGAGUAUAGCUCCGCCCAAUAUGCCCCACUACCCUAUACCCACAGCGUUUCCUCCUCCACCCGUCAUUCGGCCGUUUGCUCCACCUGUUGUCUUGGCGCCCCCUGGAGUGCCGGGGUAUCCUCCUCCCACCCACACUGCCAUACCCCCACCCCCCAUCAACAUGCCCAAACCCCUCUCAGAGCAGGAAUUCUUUGAGGAAAAGCAACGCCUUAUCAGGGAAGGAACAAAAGUUGUUGAUGACCCACUGCUGAAGGUGUUCGCCAACAAGCUGGAGAAGCGUGGCAACCGAUCCCGCACCCGUUCCAGAACUAAAUCAAGGUCCCCACCUAGAUUUCGUUCACGUACACGAUCACGGUCCUGGGAACGUAAACGGUCUUAUACACCAAGGCGAUCAUUGACUCCACGACGAUCUUACUCUCCGUAUUCAAGACGCUAUUCACCUCGCAGAUCGCGAUCUAGAUCCCGAGGCUACUCUCCCCGCCGAUACCUGAGCCCCCGGAGAUCCAGAACUAGAUCAAGGUCAAGAUAUCGAUCCCUCUCAAGGUCACCAGUCAGACGCCGGACAUUUUCACGAUCAAGAUCAAGAUCGCGAAGAAGGUCCCCAUAUAGACGAUCUCCUGCAAGAAGAUCUCCCCUUAGGCGAUCUCCACUAAGGCGAUCAUAUUCCAGGGAGAGAUAUUCCCCACGACCUCUGUCCCCAAGGCCAAGGUCACCGUUACGUAGGUCGCCAUAUCGAAGAUCACGGUCAAGGGAUAGGAGCCCUGUUGGUAGAGGUUAUCAGAGAGCGAGGUCACCACUUCCUGCAAGGUUAUCACCAGUUAGAAGGAGGCCGUCACCAAUCAGAAGACCCCAGGAUAAAUUGUUGAAAACUGUGCGAAGCAAAAGUCCCCCUGCGGCAAAGAAAAGGAGGCCAGGGGUUGCAAAAGACAGCAAAAGGAGAAAUGAAUCUAAAGCUAAAGUUACUGAAGAAAAGUCAAACAAAACUAGUCUUCUGAGAAAAGACCCAGAUUUAAUUGAUAUAAGUGAAAAUGAAGGUAGUCCUGAAAAGUCUGUGAGAAGAAAUGAAACUGUCAAAACAAACAAAGAGAACAUUCCAGCAAGAUUAUUGCCAGUGGGAAAAAAAGGAAAUAACAUAACUGUAGUGCUUGUAGACAGCACCACGAACGAAGAAAGUAAAAGGGCUGAAAGUGAAGCUGAAAAACAAGAUACAGCUGCUGAAAUGGAUGGAACUAAAGAAAGCAGAACAAAUUCAGAAAAAGUUAAAGCUGUUGAAGACAAGAAAGAAGAGGUGAAAGCUGACAUUGAAAAGGCACCGGCAUCAGAAGUCACAGCAGAACCUAAAAAGAAGAAAAUUACUUUAAAACUGAAAAGUGAUAAAGUUCGGAAAUCUGGCAAUGAAAAAAGUAGUAAAAGUGAGAGUGAAGGUGACACGAAAACAUCUGAAAAGGAAUCUGAUGCAGUGCUCAGUGACAAUAAGGAAAACAAAAAGUCAGAGAAGGACGUGAAAGAAAAGCAGGAGAGAAGGCCACGUUCCUCUAAAAGCCGGAAAGAUCAGAAGAAAAGAUCUAGUUCAAAGUCUGACUCUGAAUCUCCUCCAAGGUUUAAAGAGCCUUUGAGAAUGGAAGGGGACAAACGGUUUGGACCUAGACCUGUAGCAGACCGUGUAGAACGAGCCCCACCAGAGUGGGAACGCACUGGUGAUGCCUGGGCGCCCAGAAUCCUCGAUCAGAGAGAUUACAGGGGUCGAGGAAGGGGAGUCGACUUUAGGGGCAGAGGCAUGGGGCCAAAUUACAGGGGUGCCCAGCAGGGGCCAAACUUCAGAGGACCUCCACAGGGAACGGACUUCAGAGGCGUUCCUUUUGGGGAUUACAGAGGAGACUAUAGAGGACCUCCGGCAGGUCAUCCAGACUUCAGAGGCUAUCCAGGGUAUCAGGGCCCCCCAGCCCCGGGUUUCCCUGGCCCCUUCCAGCCUGGAGGAUACCCGCCCCCACCCCCUGUACCAGUCAUGGACCCCAGGGAAGAUCCUAACUAUCAUGGAAAUCUGGAUGAGGAUGUCCUGAAGUUUGAGCAGUACAAGCAGAUGUAUGAUAUGUACAACCGCACAUACGGGUUUGCACCUCCGAGCAGCUCCCAGCCUAGCAAUCAGACCCCACCCCAGGGUCCUCCGCCAGCACCUCCUGGCACCAUCCCAAUGUCCACUCCACCUGACAGGGCCAGAGCAGGAUCUCCAGGCCGCAGGUCUCCCUCACGUAGACACAGGAGCCCUGAGAGAAGCAAGGACAGACGGGAGCGGGAUUCAGACAGACGGUCUGACAGACGAAGGAGUGAGCGGGACUCCAUUUCUCCAGAUAGAAAACUUGAUAGAAGCACUGACAGGACACGGGACAGUAGCACCAGCCCAGAUAGAUUACGGAGCUCUCAAACAGAGGAUGAUCAACGAGAUACCAGUCCAGAACAAAAGAGAACUGAUAAAGAGAGGAGAAAGGACAAAAAAGCUAAGAAAAGGAAGGAAAAGGGUGAAGUCGGGGAAAAGAAGAAAAGAAAGAAGAAAGAUAAAGUAAAGACCAAGAAAGAAAAGGCUGAUAAAAAAGGAAAGAAAGUUAAGAAGGUUAAGAGUUCUGAUGAGGAACCUAUUCAACCAGCGGUCAAGAAAUCUAAGAAACAAGAGUCUGAUGAUUCUGAGAUUUCUGACCUGGAGACUGUAGAACCCAGGAAAAGACAUGAUUCAUCAGCACAAUCUGAAUCUUCUGAUCAUGAAGACAUAGAGAAGGUUCAAUUAAGUCCUGUUAGGCAGGAAAGUAGAGAGGAUGUUGUAGAAACUGAUGGAAAGACUGUAGAGCAGGAAACUAUUGUGAGUUCAUCAGUAAGUGCUAAAGAGGAAAGAGAAGCAAUCUCUGAACAAGCUGAGAAGCCAGAGCCGGCAUCUGACUCAGAGGUGUCUCAGAGUGAUGCCGUUGUGGAACCUAGUAAGAAGAGAAGAUCAAUAAAGAGACUCAAGGAAGAAGAUACAGAAGACACCAAAGCUUCAAAGAAGGUCAAGUUAGAGAUUGAUGUAGACAAAGCUGAGACACAGGUAAAGAGCGAGAAGAUGGAUGUUUCUGGUGACCAGAGUGAUGAAUCUUCUGACCUGGAUGAAAUUCCAGUUCCAGAAUCAGAACUGAUGUUGGACCCACCGGAGUUGUCGAAAUGGGAGAAAGAUGAUGAUCCAUAUGAGCUCAGUCCGGAACCAACUAGGGUGAAACAGAAAUGGAAGCCAGAGAAACAGACACUUUUACCAAGAGCGGUAAUAGCAAAAGCAGAGAAUGUGAUUUCAUCAAAGGUGAUGAAACCCACUCUAGUCAGCUCUGCCGUGGUUGCAGCAGUCAAAAAGGACACUAAAACAGAAAUUCUUGAAAAAGAAGUGCUUAAAAAGCGGGAAAAAUCUCCUGUUCCGAAAAUGGACGAAACCCUGGAGCCGAAACGCAGGGUGUAUAUGGAUUCUGAACCAAAACGAUCUGAUGAAAGGCGAGUGUCAUCUUCUAAGUCCCACAACAUGCAAGUCACUGUGUCUUCAAUGGGAAGUGAGAAGAGGAAGGUGGCAACCGAUAAGUCAGGAGGGGACCUCCGGGAGAAAUUACGGGAAAAACGGGAAAAGGAAGAUCGAGGGGGCAGGGAUGAUAGAGGUAGAGAUGACAAAGUAAGAGAUACCAGAGUGAGAGAUGAUAGAAAUAGAGUGAGAGAUGAUAGAGAUAGGGUAAGAGAUGAUAGAGAUAGGGGAGAUAGAGUGAGGGAUAGCAGGGUAAAGGAUGAUAGAGAUAGAAUUAGAGAUGAUAGAGACAGGGGUGAUAGAGUGAGGGAUGAUAGACGCAACAGGGAUGAAUCAAAAUCAACUGAUAAGAAACGGAGGGACAGCCAUCAUAAAGAUAGAGACAGUAGAGAUUAUGACAGACAAGACAGCAGAGGUUCAAAUAAGAAGGUGUCCAGAUAUGAUUCAGUUGUAGAUGACUCAAAGUUUGAGCCUGACUAUGAGGAUGAAAGUGUGUCGGAGGAUAAUUCCGAGGACAGCAGUACAGACAGCUCGUCAGAGGAGGAGACCAAACGGAAGAAACAUAAGCACAAGAAAACAAAGCACAAGAAAGACAAAAAGCAAAAGAAGAAAAAGGAAAAAAAGAAAAAGAAACACAAAGUUGAAAAAAGGUGAAGUGGCUAUAGCUAUUAUAAUCAGGAUUAGUUCAAAAGGAGGAAAUUUGAGGACUGUCAUCAAGUGCUACAACUUUGCUUGUGGUGGUAUGUGUUUGGUUUUAUGGUAAUGAUUUCAAGCAUAGUGCACUAACAUACCAGAUGGAUAUUGCCAUACUAGAAAUGUUGUGCCAGGUUUUAAAGUCCUUUUCUAAAUGGGCAUUGAUAAACUAUACCUCGUAUUACAUAUGAGAACUAUAUGGAGUGUAUAUACCAGGCAAAGUGUCCCGUAAUCAAAGUGACCUUGUGGUUUAUGCUUCUGAUGGACUAACCCUUAAUUGAUUAACAUAUUCUAAACAUUGAAAUAAGGGAAUUUCUUGAGAAGGCUCCCAAGAUUCUCUUGGCAUUCUCGUCGUUGUAUCUAUGCCUGCACUAGCACUAUAGUAGGGGACCCAAGACAGCAAAAAUCCAAAAAUUAUGUUCAAAGAAGCGAUUUGAUGUGUCUAGUAUUUUAAACCGGGUUUUGGACUGUGAUCUUUUGCAAAAAUUGAAAAAAAUUGUUUUCUUAGAUUAUCUCCGCAGUGAGUGGGGGAAAAAAAAGAAACAUUUUAAUGCAAAAGGCAGUUAUGAAUGAGUAUUGUCAUUGUAGAAAAUUUAACACGUGAAACUGUAAUUUACUAAUUCGAAUAAAAUUAUGUUUUGAAUAUUUAGACUUAAUUUGUCUUGAAAUUGACUUAUAUGACUGCCUUUGCUGCAAAUAUUUGAAAUUGACUUAUAUGAUUGCCUUUGCUGCAAAUAUUUGAAAUUGACUUAUAUGAUUGCCUUUGCUGCAAAUAAAUAUAGUUGAGAAUAGUUUACGUUGCCUUUAAAGACGAAAGCAGUUAAUGAGAUACACUUGGACCAUACAUGUAUACUUGUACAGGCCUUUUAUGGCGUUUUGGAAACUUUUUUACUGUAAAAAAUAGUGAUAUUAAUGUAUUUGUGUUCACUAGUGCACUGAUAAUGGAGUGUUUGUGGGUUGUACAGAAUAUUUGUAAUUAUUCCGUUUUAAGCUCAAGUGUGUUCAAAAACGAUAUUCUUGUCACAUCCUGUAAUAAAUUACAGUGACAUUGUAAAAUAAUCAGUUGAUUUGUAAAUAUGAAAAAGAUUGUGUGUCAUCGUGAUAUUGAAUAAAAAGUAAAAUGAAA